AUGAUGUCAUCGUGGUCGUCGUCUUCUUCGUCUCCGGCGAGCGCCGUGGAGACGGAGGGCGCAGGCAUUAGUGACAGGGGGGCCAAGAAGUACAAGGGCGUGCGGCGGCGCAAGUGGGGCAAGUGGGUGUCGGAGAUCCGGCUGCCCAACAGCCGCGACCGCAUCUGGCUAGGCUCCUACGACUCGCCGGAGAAGGCCGCGCGCGCCUUCGACGCCGCCUUCGUCACCCUCCGCGGCCACGGUGCCGCCGGCGCGGACCUCAACUUCCCGAACUCGCCGCCGUCGUGCAACGCCCGCAGCAGCGACCCGCAGCAGGUGCAGGCCGCCGCGCUCUCCCACGCCAAUCGUGCCCCCGUCACGGCGCAGCAGGCGGCCGCGGCGCUCAUGGACGCGGACUCCCCGCCCUCGCUGUCGCCGGAGUUCGCCACACACGAGGUGGUGGCGCCGGCCGUGCGAGACGACGGCAGCAUCGACUGGCGCCCGGUCAUGGCGCACCCGCCGCCGCUCUACUCGCCGCCCGGGUGGGGCACCAAUGCCUACGACUUCUUGCAGGCUCCGCCGCCGGCGCCGGCGUGCGACGAGGACAUGGACGUAGAGGAGGGCAGCCACGGUGCAAGCGCUUCUCUUUGGAGCUUCGACACGCGAGACUCCUCCUACUUCCGAUACUAAUUAACAUGCAUUAGAUAUGAUUAAUGCAUGCAUUGUGCAUGGCAUAGGUGAUUUCAUGCCGCUAAAUACAACUUAAUUAACUAGAAUAUACGGCCAUUAAUUUCGUUUCUACAGGUGCAAAAAUCGUUUUUUUCAAAGAAUCAACGAUAAUUUGCUAUGGCCUUGUGCAAGCUAAAUGGUAAUUUAUCCAAAGCACUAGGAUAAA